AUUGACUGAGAGGAGGGAAAAUACUAUAAUUACAUUUUGUACUUCACAAAUAUUUUUUUUUCCAUCCACAGCACCUUUCCUACCUCCUUCAAGAGAAGGAGUUAAUAAACGCUAUUAAAAUGGAGGAGUGGAUCAAACACAGUGAAAACAAAGACAAUGCAUCAUCAGCACCAGAGGAAUUCAAGUCCUGUGAGAAUCUUGAAUGCUACAUGGUCCUGACCGACGAAGAGAAGACUGCCAUUGGCUCUAUCUGUUUCCUGGCUGGGCCACUGACCCUCUUGGAGAACGCUCUUGUUCUCGUGGUGAUAGCGGCCACCGCCAAUCUCCGCCAACGGCCAUCCUACCUGUUCAUCGGAAGCCUGGCAUUGGCUGACGUUUUCGCUAGUUGCUUCUUCACCACCAGCUUCCUCGACUUCCACCUCUUCCGUCAGAGUGACGGCCCCACGGCUUACCUUUUCAAGUUGGGCGGCGUCACCAUGGCCUUUACCAGUUCUGUGGGGAGUUUGCUGCUGACUGCUCUAGACCGCUACCUUUGUAUCCACCAGGCCUCCAGCUACAAGGUUCUGCUGACCCGCCGCCGAGCCCUGCUGAGUCUGCUGAUCCUCUGGAGCUCCACUAUAGUCAUCUCUUCCCUACCAUUAAUGGGCUGGAGAUGCCCAACAGGUCUUGCUUCACCGUGCUCACGCCUCUUCCCCUACAUCAGGCAGGGAUACCUGGCUUGUUGGAGUAGUUUCACCUUGGUACUCCUGGCCUUGAUACUCGUGGCUUAUGCGCUAAUUCUAUGGAAGGCCCACCGUCAUGAAACCUCCAUGAGCUUCCAUGGAGCGACGGGGACGGGACACGUCCGCAUGAGGAUGGAUAUCCGCUUGGCUCGUACCUUCGGUUUAAUCCUGCUCAUCCUGGUCGGCUGCUGGCUCCCCGCACUCUCCUUCAUGCUGGCGGACGUGUCUGUGAUCCUAACUCGGACCCAACAGAGAGCCUUUGCCUUUUGCAGCACACUCUGUCUCCUGAACUCCGCAGUCAACCCGCUGCUGUACGCCCUUCGCUGUCGGGAGCUUAGAGUGGCCUUGCUGCAACUGAUGCAAAAUCUGGGUGAAAUUUUAACUUGUAAAAAACGGGAAAGAUCCAAAGAUUUGGAGCCCAGAGUGCCCUCUGCUGAUGACAACACGACGACUUUAUCUGAAGGGGAAAUGCCAAGGGCCACUCCGUUUACCGCUGUCUCAGAAAUAGUCACUAAAUAGUGGCUGCACUUCGUAAAUGGCACUUUGAAUUCAGCACUUGUGAUUGUGACACGUUUUUAUAAGGGAUGUGCAAAUAUGUUAAUGUCACGAUGUUUGUAUUCAAAUUAUCUAUGUUAUUAUUUGAAGAAGUUGCAAUAUUCUGAGCUUUUCUCAUGGUGUCAGGAGAGAUAAUGCUCUCUUUUUCAACAUUACAUUAAUACUUUUCCCCAUCUAUAGUACUAAACUCAGAGCCGACAGAACAAGAUGAAGGUUUCCACCGGAGAUCAGGUAAGUUUUCCACUUGAUAUUCAGAGUAUAGCACUUGUUUCUCUGAGUAUGAAGAUCACAACUAAGG